UACUCCUAUAUAAAUACUACAACCUCCACCCCUAAUUUCCACCAUAUAUCUUCAUCAGUGCAACCCAACCCCCACCCCAUCCCACCUCUUGUUAAUUAGCCAGCAAAAUGGGAUCCAAGCAGGUAUUUCUCCCUCUAUUGGUGCUUAUCUGUUGCAUGAUAAUCAAUAAUGUUCUUGGUCAUGUGGCCUUUACCCAACCACCACACCACGCACCCCUGUACCCACCUGUUGCUGCCCCUGCUCCCCACCAUAAGGGUGGUCACCACAAAGGUCCUGGUGGUCACCACCACAAACCACCCACUGUGGCUCCCGUUCACCCACCGGUUAAAGCCCCUGUUAAGGCACCAGUUCACCCACCAGUCAAGGCACCAGUUAAGGCCCCGGUUUACCCACCUGUUAAAGCCCCUGUUCACCCGCCAGUUAAGGCUCCGGUUCACCCACCAACUGUGGCUCCGGCUCACCCACCCGCUCCACUUCCAACAAGGAAACAAGUGGCCGUUCGGGGUAUGGUGUACUGCAAAGCUUGCAAGUACAGAGGUGUUGACACACUUGUGGCUGCCACUCCACUUCCGGGAGCUGUGGUACUCUUGACGUGCAACAACAGCAAGUACCCAUUGAGGGUAAAUGGUACAACUGAUAAGAACGGGUUCUUUUUCAUCAUGCCACCUAAGACAUUGACCACUUUUGGGGUCCACAGAUGCAAGGUCACUUUGCUAAAGUCAUCAAAGCCUACAUGCAACCAUCCCACCAACCUUCACUAUGGAGUCAAGGGUGCCACCUUAAUCCCAACCCCCAAGCCAAGUGGUUCAGUCUUGCCAGUGCCUAAGCUUCCCUUUGAUGUCUAUACCGUUGGUCCGUUUGCAUAUGAACCAUCUAAGAAAAUACCUUGCAAACUUUAAAUUGUUCCGGGGUUGAUUUCGUCAAGAUUUAGAAGUUGAGGGAAUUUAAGUUUAUUAUUAUUAUGUUUAGUUUAUUGUGGCAAAGUGUUGAUUAGCUUUUAUGAGUUUAUCUCUUUUUUUAUUUAAUAACUUGAUGAUGAUGAUUUGGGGUUUAAUUAGAUUUGAGUUGAACCAAAGGAGAUGAACUUUUGCUAUGUAGUGUACGUUUGCUACUAGCAUUCAAUAAAUCUACUUUUCAACCAUCAACAGUUAA